GGCCUAUCCGGGGCACUGUGCGAUUGCAGCAGCGGACGAUAUCCCAGCCAGCUAGGAGACUGUGGAGAUGGGUGUGUGGUUCACCGUAGCCUUUAUCGUGGUUGCGCUGACACUCUUCAUUCGGUGGCGGAAAAAGAAGUUCUCCUAUUUCAAGGAACUGGGCAUUCCCGGACCAGAGCCCAAUCUACUGUGGGGUAAUCUGUGGGAGUACCAUUCCUUGGGUCUGCACAAAGCACUCGAUAAAUGGUGUAAGGAAUACGGCGACAUCUGUGGGUUCUACAAUGGCGACGUUCCAUUUCUCGUGGUCAAGGAACUGGAUUUUCUGGAGUUCGCUUAUAUCAAGAACUUCCAGAAUUUCACGGCUCGUGGGAUUACGAUGCGAACCGACCAGCAGCAUCCGAUCGUCGGCCAGAUGGUGAUUCACGUGCGCGGGGCCCAGUGGAAGAGAAUGCGCAGCUGCGUCACAUCCGGUUUCACGACCAGCAAACUGAAACAGAUGGUGCCGCACAUCGCCGAGUCAGCGGAAGUGUUCAUGGACAUGAUGGAGCCAUACGCCGACACCGAGGAGGAGGUGAACCUGCGUCUGCAGUUCCAAGCACUUUCUAUGGACUACAUCGGCCAGGCCGCCUUCGGCAUCGAGAAGUGCUUCCAGCGUGAGCUAAACGACGUCUUCUUCACGACAGCUCGCCGAGUGCUACCAGGAGUGAUGACGGGGCCAGCCCACAUGAUUGCACAAAGCACUACUACGCUGGGAAAAGCAAUGAAGCCUUUCUACUGGUUUCUUGGUCAGUUCAGCUCGCCCAUGUUCAAGGUGUUCUCGAAGGAGACCACCAAGAUGAUCCAAAAGCGCAAGGCUCACCCGGAGCUUCGGAAGCCAGAUAUCCUGCAAAAUUUGUUGGACGCUGAACUAGAGGAAGAAGCACUGAGUGAAUCUGUGACCAAGAGUGCAGCGCAUGAAACUGCUGACGGCGUGAUAAAAAGGAUUCGAGCCCUUUCUCCGAGAGAAGUGAUCAUGAAUUCAACUUUGCUCUUCAUGGGAGGAUUCGAAACGACCUCGAUUGCCAUGUGCUACCUCACGUUCCUGCUCGCCAAGCAUCAGGACGUUCAAGACAGGCUCAGAGAGGAAGUGAAAAAAGCUGUCAAGGAAUCGGGUUCACUUGACUACGAGACGCUUACGAAGAAGCUAAAGUACCUCAUCCAAGUAGUGGAGGAAGGGCUGAGGUUGCACCCGCCUGCUGUGGCUGCAACAUCGCGGCAAGCUGAAGAAGACUUCGAGUGGAACGGCAUGAAGUUCAAGGCGGGCACGUGCAUUAUGUCUCCAACCUACCAGCUGCACAGGGAUCCUCGCUACUGGGCUGAUCCAGACACUUUCGAUCCAGAGAGGUUCAGCCAAGAGAAUGAGUCUUCCAUCCACAAGAUGGCGUUCCAGCCAUUUGGCGUGGGGCCGCGGCACUGCGUGGGUUUCCAGAUGGCCCGCUUGGAGCUUCGCUACACCCUCGCCAGGCUUGUUCAGUGCUAUCGCAUCGAGCUUGGUGAAUCUCAGAAGGUAAGUUUACCUUCCAACAAACGGAUAGAGCGGCGUUCGACCUGCUGCUGCUGGCCUAGCGUUGCGCGGCAGGUGGAUGGUCUCUCCUUUCGUGCACCCAAUGCUACCAUUGCUAAAGAGGUGUUCAUAGCCCUAGCUAUCUCACAUGAUAAUUCUAAAACCAUCAUAUCUGACUCCAGAGGAGCCUGCCGAAAUUUUGAACUGGGAUGGAUCUCACCCGUAGCUGCCCAAAUUCUUCAACCUUGUCCGUGGGUGGGUGACCCCUCCACCCACUCACUAAUCUGGACCUCCGGUCAACAGGACCUCACCGGCAAUGAGGCAGCACAAGCUGCCGCCCGCGCACUCAUUCCCCGGGCCACUGCCUCGUCCACCGAUAACCACUCUCAUCCAGAAGACAAUCCUCCUCUUCUCACUUUCAAACACAUAAGCACCCAUUAUCGGGACUCGCACCGCCGCUUUCCUGGGCGCUGCAAAGGGCUGAAGAAGGCGGACGAGAGAAUUCUUGUUCGCCCGGUAGUGCUCAAACACUUUGACUAUUCCUUUUACGGCCUCUGCCAGUACUCUGGGGAGGUGGCUGACACCUACCACAUGGCAAGGGCAUGCCAACUGAAUCCUUCUUCAACCCCCAACCCCAACCCAAUCCUAGAGGACUGGCAGGCGGCCCUGCUCGGCUUCCUGGACAUUCCAGCCCAACAGUCCAUGGUCCGGCUUGUCAGGACAACGGCCACGACCAAUACGGUCCCUGAAUACGGACUCCGCCUAGUAUUGUAA